CCUCUUCCCGGCGAUUUCCAAACCUCCACGCAUAAAUAAAAUUAGAAAAAUCGAAAUAGAGAGAGAAAACGGCAGCUCUUGGCCGCCGGCGGUUGGUUUUCCGGAGAGAAAGAGAGCGGACGGUGGGGGAGCUCGUGAUCUGAGCUCUGGUUCUGGUCGUUCAAUGGUGUAUGUUGGUGGGAGGGGAGAAGAGUCAGUGAGGCGCCGAGCCGGUGACGGUAACGGUGGUGGUGUGGCGAUGGCGAUGCGGACGGAGAGAUCAAAACCGCCGCUCCACAAUUUCAAUCUCCCGAGCUUGAAGUGGGGGAAUCAGAGACAACUCCGAUGCAUGAAUCCCCCGGAUUCGAGUAAUAGCGGCAGCACCACCAACCCCAGGCGAGAGAGGGGAAUCUCGUUCGAUCGCCACCGGCGGAGCAGCCGAUCUCCUCCGUUGAAAUUCGCCGCCAGCUCCAGGGAUUACGACGCCAGGCAUCACCAAUUCAAGAAGCCGAGGCCGAGAAUUGGCGGCGCGGGCGGUGGCGGCGGCGGUGCCGACGAAGGGAUCGAGGCUUUGGGGGAGAAGCUCAUGUUCGAUUUGAAGACGGCGGCGGAUAGGAUGAAGGACGAGAUUUUGAGGAAGGAAGUUUGCGACGAAGACGAGGAGGAGGAAGAAGAAGACGAGGAGGAGGAGGAGGAGGAUGUUGACGGCGAUCGGGACGCUCGGCGCAAAUCUUCCUCGCCGCCGGCGGCGAUGGCGACUAAAGCGGCGAUGGCCGUAUCUACCGGCGGUGGAGAAGAAAAGGAGCACGAGCCGCGGCCGUGGAAUCUGAGGACGAGAAGAGCGGCGUGUAAAGCGCCGGCGACGACUACUAACGCUCCGAUCGGCACAGGCGCAUCGGCAAGCCCGGCCGGCGCCGCUCCGGCGAAGGGGUUGAGGAUUGAAGAGCCGAAGGAGAGCAGCAGCAGGUAUUCUCCUAUCAGAAGUUCUCCUAUCAGAAGUGACAGCGGGAAAUUGGCUCGGCUCAGAGGCGGUGAGAAGAAGGAGCCGAGGGCUAAGUUCACGGUGGGUCUGUCGAGGAAGGAGAUCGAAGAGGAUUUCAUGGCGAUGAUCGCCCAUAGACCUGCCCGGCGGCCAAAGAAGCGACCAAGAAUUGUUCAGAAGCAGAUGGAUACUCUCUUUCCUGGGCUGUGGCUGGGGGAAGUCACCGUCGACACAUACAAGGUGCCGGAGAUUCCUGAUACCGGAAAGAGAUAGUAGAUGUUCAGGGUUUGAAGGUGAUUGGUCUUUCCUGCUUUCAAACUGGGUAAAACUUGCAGAGGUUGAAGAUGGGGUGGCACAAAUCAAAUCAAAGCAAAGCACACAAUCUCAGUGGGAAUUAGGGACUUGAUAGAAGAAGCAGGUUGCUUCUACUUACUCCUGAUGGCUCAUUCAGGUGCCUUGAAAGUGUUAAUUUUUGUUCUGUUCUCAAAACUUAUAGUUCUUUUAUUUUUUUUAUCAAAGAUCAUGAGAGUAAUAAUGUCCUGUAAAGAAUAGUGGGCAAAUGCUUCUUAGAUAGAAGGGACAACCCCCCCUUCUUCUUUGCUUGUUUGGUUUCUCAAGUUUUUCUAGGUUUUGAAUCCUCUGACAAAUGUAGUAGUAGUCCCUGGGAUGCUAUUGAAAAGUUGAAAUCUAUAGUUUCUUCACCUGUUACCCUAUGUUCUUCUCUGGUUCCUGCAUUGUCAGUCCGGGUCAAAACAUCAAUGUUUGGAGGACCUGUUCAUGUGUUUGUGCAAUUCCUGAACAAGAACAGUCACGUCUUCGAAGCCGAAUACCACAUUGACCCGUCUGAGUUCGAUUGAAGCAUUGAUGCUCGCAGCAAGAAUGGUUCCAUUCAUUGGUUACUGUGGGUGCUUUGAACUGCUGCAGUAGCAUUACGUUGACAGCUUGUACCGAAACCAUGAGCUCUGAAGGGGGGCAAAACUUCGUCCAACUAAUGUUGCAGCCUCAGAGGUAUGGCGUCUGGCGUACAGAGAACUGGGAGGAGCUUCAGCAUUCUGUUGUCACCUGUUUCAAUUUAUAGAAAAUUUCAUUUGAACUCAGGCAGAUUCUGUCCGUCUCUUGUUGUAGACUGAAUCUGGAAUACGUGGUAUUCGUACACCCUCAGAUCCAUGCUAGCUUUCGUGUGAAAUGGUAUUCAUCAACUGAUUCUGGUACUUGAUCAAGUAGCUUACAGGGGAAAUUGCAAGAUGCUUCUGACCAUUUCACUGUUUCUGGAGAUGAACAAGUGGCCCCGCCUCAUCGCCUUCCAGUUCCGAGCAUCCUCCGAUGAGACGACUUUCUGACUCGCACAGCUCGGUUGAUACUUAGAUACAGAACAAGAUCAAAGCUACAAAUAAUAGCGCUUCUGGGUAGUUGAGAGAUUGAGUUUCUGCUCUGGAAUUCGUGAGUAGCCAUGGCGGGGAGGAGGGAAGCUGCUGUGUGAUGUUUUGUUAAGAGGGAAAGAAAGGGAGGGUGAAAGUGGCUGAGCUGACCUGAAUGGAAGACCGGGAAAUUAAGAGAAGUUGAAUUUCUGGCCGAACAGUGGCGGCGGAAGGCGCAAAGAUAGUGGAGACCGGAGGAUCUCGUCGAGUUGACCCACCCGACUCGUUCCAUACGCUAUCCGCGUUUCAUUCCCUAUACGCAAAAAAAAAAGAAAGUAAAAUACAAUUAUAAAAAUGUUAAAUUAAUGAUUGAUGGUAUUGGUUAACGACUUGAUUCACGUGUGGAUCUGAAAUCGUUUCGGAGUUUGGUUCCCUGUCAAAACAAACACCGGCGUGCUGGCUUCGUCUGGGCCAACCGGCGGAAACGGGCUUGGCCCAUUUGGAUCACAGGCCUAGCUGUUGGGGCCCUUUUUCUCUUCGCUCUCUGGAUCAUAGGCCACCUUGGGCUUUGAUAUUGUAGUCUCUGCUGAACUUUCUCAUUUCAUAGCUUGUGUAUAUCUUCAGAGUUCAGCCCAUCUAUGGGAUGGGCACAUCCAAAGUAGUGGUUGGUUUCAACUAAAAAGCAUAGUUAGUAAAAUACGGUACGGGAAAGUUACGUACAAAAUAUGUGCCGAUAUUUUAUUUCGUCUCUAUGCUAAUGUUACGUUUAAUUGUACGUUAAUAGUCUUAAAUAAAUAAAAUUAAUUAUUUUAAAAAUAAAUGAACAAAUAAAUAAUAGUAAAGUUAAUAGUUUAAUUCAUUAAAGACGGAUAUUAAAC